UCUCAUACCGUCAUACGGAUAAACACUUAGAAACAAAACAAACUUAAUUCUAUCAUUUCGACCCUCCCCAUCUGCAUCUCCAUCAUAAUCUAAAAAUGAAGCAAAAGAUAGUGAUCAAGGUUUCCAUGAACAGCCCAAAAUCUCGCUCCAAAGCUUUGAAAAUUGCAGUCGGCGUUUCAGGUGUAGAUUCGGCAGCUUUAGGAGGACAAGACAAGAGCCAAAUAGAGGUGGUCGGAGAAGGAGUUGAUGCAGUAGAACUCACGACUCAGUUACGGAAAAACGUCGGACAUGCAGAGCUCGUAAGCGUAGGCGCCGUGCCGGAGAAGAAAGAAGAACCGAAACCUCAAAGUCAACAAAUAAUUUGGCCUUAUCACGGCGGCGGUGGUGUGCCUCACUAUGUUUAUAGUGAAGUUGGCGGAAGCAAUCAAUGUUAUUCUCAGGACCCUUAUUCUUGCUCCAUUAUGUAGAUUUUUUGGAGUAAAACAGAGCAUCAUAAUUUGUGUGGAAGGAUUUUAGAGUGAGUAAAUAAUUGGGUCUAGCUUUUUGUAUAUUUGGAUUUGGCUGAUCUUUUUUGUAAAUAAUUUUGGAAUCAUGAAAUGGAUUGAAUUUGGAAUCUCA